AUGCGGUCGCAAAGCUUUACAGCAGUCGCUGUGCUCGUGCUGAGCUCUAGAGUCUAUGCGCAAUGCAAUACCGAUCAGAAUCCAUACUGCGCAGGCAACAACCAGUUUGAGCAGCUCUGCUGUCCAUAUCCGAAUGUCUGCUACUGGGCCGACCGGCAAGGCACGCCGGCGUGCUGUCCAGCAGGCACGGUCUGCCACGACUACGAAGGCAUCACAGUGAAACCCCAGCCGAUCUACACAACGAUCAAGCCUACGACUGUCGUACCGGUGCAGCCAACGACGGUCUAUUCUACCGUGGUCCCGGUCCCACCACCAACGACGGUCAUCGUCACUUCCAUCCAACCCUCGCCCUGCUGUCACACGGUUACCGAGGUGCAACCUCAGCCAACCCAAGGCGCUCUACCAACAAUCACGAUCACUACUCAAGGAGUGGUCGAGGGCAUUGGGAGCACAAUUGUGGCAGCAGGUUCCUCUGUGAUCAAUGUGUUUCAGGGCGCGGCUCCAACAGCGAGACCGUCGCAAUGUGCCGUCCCAGUAGUCGGCGCUGUGGCUAUUGCGGCAGCAUGGCACUUCGGCUGA